CUCCACUCUCGCGCCAGACGCGUGACACGUCAUGCGCGCGCGUUGCCUCUGUUAUUCCUCAUCAAUAACGAGAAUAAUCGCGGCGGGCAGUGAUUUUCGUCAUCGUCGUCGGUCGUCGUCGUCGUCGUGCAAGACAGCGGACAUGGCGACGUCGACAGGUUUUGCUCGUACAAUACGAGUUUGAGAUAAGUGAGACGUCGUCUAUCAAUCAUCUCCUUAUCACCUGCCCUUGCUGUAGGUUGCCACGACGAUUAACGCGGCGAAUGAAACGACCCUGGUUGCGGAAUUCUUUGAAAAAACAUGACCGCGACGAUGUUGCGUCGAGGACCGAAUUAACCUGCCUGUCUCGCCGAUAAAUUUCCAGUGGCAGCGAUGGACGCGGACGAGAUCGUCUGCAGGAUCUUCGGCGCGAGCGUCGUCGAGCCUCGCGUCGUCACCGUUAAAGAGGAGCAUCCCGCACAGAGAUCGAGAUUAAUGCAGAAUUUGACCCAGGUGAAUGAGUACAUUAGAAGAUCUUUAUUGAAUUUAUAUAUUGACAGCCAAAAUUCAGAGGAUAACAGAGAGGGUCGAAUAGGUCCCCAUGUCGUUAGAUUCGACGUAUCUAUGCACCACGGUCUUUGUAUUGUCUCCCCUGACAGAUUAAGCGUCAAUUCGCAGAGUAGUUUUAGCACGAUGCGUGCUAAUACAGGAGUAUUCAAGGGAAAAUGGAUGUACGAGGUGCAACUAGGAUCCAAAGGAGUGAUGCAAGUUGGAUGGGGAACUGCUCAAUGUAAAUUUAAUCAACAAUAUGGCGUUGGAGACACCCCAAACUCGUAUGCUUACGACGGAAAUCGCGUGAGGAAGUGGAAUGUAACCACGCACAAGUACGGCGAAUCCUGGUUGACGGGGGAUAUUAUCGGCUGCGCACUGGACAUGGAUGACGGAACGAUAAACUUCUACAGGAACGGCAAGAGUCUGGGCAAGGCGUUCGAGAAUAUAUCGAUGGGCGCCGGAAUCGCGUACUUUCCUACUGUCAGCUUAGCUUUCACCGAGAACUUGACGGCGAAUUUCGGCUCUAUACCGUUCAGAUAUCCCGUAGAGGAUUACGAACCUUUGCAGGCGCCGCCGACGACGCAAGUUCGCCAAGCCGUACUUCUUUUUCAAUGGUUCUCGCAAGUGAUCGAACUGUUCGAACACUGUAAAAAUAAACCCGACAAGCAAAACGUCUUAUUGGAAGACAAGAUAUUGAGCGUCCAAGGAUUCCUCAUGUGUCUGGCGAGAUCGAUCUUGAAGCACAUCGGCCCGUUGCUUACAGUUCCCUACGUUACUGAUGCGGUUUUCGUACCCUUCAUGCGGAGGCUCUGCGAUGUGAGCACGGACGAUGUUUCGACGAAGUCCGUGUACUCGAAUAGUCGCAGCGCGCGGCCGAUUAUCUGUCUGGAUCUGCUGUGGGCGUUCCUGGAGGAGCACGAGAUCAAGAUGUGCCUGGAGAGCACGGUGCUUCACUUGUUGUCCGCCUUCCGACACGUUUCUCUACUGCUCGAAUAUCCGGAUCAGUGCAAAAGCCUGAUGCUGUUGACGAGGAUUUGUCAGCACACCGUUACGCGUCAACAUUUGCUGCAAUACGUCCUGUUCGAUCGCGUGCGUUUCGCUAAUUUUGUGCACGUGAAACCUCUGGACGAAGGUGGACUCACGAACGUGGUGGAGCAGGUUUGGUGGGAGACGAAUCCUUUGGAUCCAUCGAUUGAGAUGAACAAAACCAAUUAUUUAUUUGCCUGUGAGCGUAUCAAAGCUGCCAUAUCCGAGGUGGAAGCGUUACAAGUCGAACUACUAGUCACUCUGUUAAAUAAUAGCGAUGGAACGGCUAAGAGACCAGCGUCGAGGACUAUAUUUUUGAGAAAGUUUAAACGCUUCGUUCAGGAGAAUUUGAUAUCCAGUCGUACACCCUUGCCGAUCACAUUAUGUUGCUUUCAUCGGCUUCUGGUUGCAUUCAGAAUUUUAUGGGAUACUGAAAUUGGAACAAGCCCGGUCUAUAUACCCUGCAGGGCGUUCUACGAUGCAUCGAUCAAUUACUCUGGAAUCGACAGACUCGGCGGCGUAAUAACCCACUUAAACAAGACAUUCAAGAACGAAUUGCUACGCCUCCUAGGUCCGGAUCAUGAGGUAAUUCUUGCUAUGGACCAACAGCAGCAACAGAAUACCACGACGACGGCUACGCAUGAGGCGUCGAAUAAUGCAUACGCUGUGGUCGCCAGCGGCAUGAGGCCGUUGGCCGACUUGCCAGUGGCCAUACCUGCGGCCGUAUUCCCGCGUCUAAUUAACAUCAAUCCGUCUACGGCGGGUAAUCAAGGUAGCUCUAUGAUACUGGAGAGAUUCGGAUUCUUUGCGCACACUAGAGAAGACAGGACUCCGAUACGUCACGGUCCCGCAGAUCCGGUGACCUCGUUGACGGAAUUGUUAGACGGUAUUAUCUUGUUCUAUCACGUGGCGGCGAAGAAGCAGCUGGCUAAGGUAGCUAGUCUACGUGACAGCAUGUCCGCGUACGUCAACGCGAUCGCCGACACCAAGGCGAGGCUCGAGUACGUUGAACAAAAGACGAUCCCGAAGGAUCUCGACGCGGAAGCGAUUCAGAGGGAGCUGCUCCGCACGACGGAUAUAUUCAACAAGAAACUAUCGGAGCAAGCGAGACACAUGGCGUGGAUCAGGGCAGCGGUGUACUCCGCGGAGAAGCAAGCGCAAUUGGCCUGGCUGCUGAAGGUCGUCACCUUGACCCUGCAGACCGCCAGCCAGCAGGGCUGCACGUUCAGUUUCGUGCCUGAUUUCUAUCUGGAGACCCUAUCCGAUCUCUGCGUCAGUUUACGUGCCCAUAUGCAUCCUACCGCGCCGAUCGAGAACAUCCCGGAUUAUCGGGACAUGCUACGAAACUCCGCCGAGUUCCUAUGCGAUCACUUCCUCGAUCCGCGCAUAGUACACGCCAACUCCAAAGAUGUCCUGAUCCUUACACUCGCGGGUUUUGUAUCGAAUCCGUUGACCUUGGAGGCGUUGGAAAACGUAUCUCGCGAAAGCAGGAUAAAGGUUGUCACGAAUCUGCUCAAGCCUUACGAGAAUAGAGCAUGGGCGCAGUCCAAUUGGGUCCUGGUCAGAUUCUGGCAGGGCCACGGCUUCGCCUUCCGAUACGACAAGAGUCCGCAUCUCUCGAAGAAGGUUGGCCCGAAACUGUUGCAGCAAGAAUCUAUCUCUCAGCCAAUAAAACCGUGUCCAUCGGCAGUGUACCAGGCACAUGUGAGAGAUGUGUUGUUGGGAAAUUCACAAGCAACCACGCAAUUCUUGAACUCGCUCUUGAAUCAGCUCAAUUGGGCGUUCUCCGAGUUCAUCGGGAUGGUGCAGGAGAUUCACAACGUUUCGUCGAGACCGGAGCGAGUGUUUAUCGAGUCGAGGCAAUUGAAGAUCUGCGCCACCUGCUUCGACCUGGCGAUUUCGUUGCUCCGAGUGUUGGAGAUGAUCUCUACGGUAGCUCCAGGCGUGUUUAGCGAUCCUACGCAGUCUUCCAGCGAGACCUUACUGGCCAGAUUGUGUCAACUGCUCUGUCAAGUGUUGAAUAGAAUGAGCUCGCAGACGAGUUGUUUUCAGCAUGUGGUGCUGUUGGAGAUACCGGAUUUAGAAUCCGUAGAUCAUUUUCCUAUAUUAGCUGCCGUUAUUGGAAUUCUACUAGCUCUUCUUGAAAAGGAGAUGAAGGAUUUUACAGAGAAACCGACGAUUGAAGUGCCCAGAAUCACGCGAAAUUUAUUGACAGAACCGAGCUUCCAGAUCAGUUCUUUAUAUUUUGUUUUGGGUGACACAAACUUGAAAAAUACAAAGACGAAAAAUGUAAAGCCAUUUUCAUUGUUAAAUUAUCAGGAAGACGUGAUGACGGAGGAAAUUAGCCGAGUGGCAGAGAUGAUUAAAUAUCUCGAUACCUGCCGCACACUUUUACCCGAUACCAAAUUGAUAAGCGACGACGAUGAUACGUGCACGAUUUGCUACGCAUUCCCGAUCGCCGUCACGUUUAAACCGUGCAAUCAUCAGACGUGUCGUACCUGCAUAGAUCGUCAUUUACUCAACACGAGGGAGUGUUUUUUCUGUAAAGCGACCAUAGAUAAAGUCGAAGAUCUAAGCGGGAACACGUUGCACGAUUUUAUCAGUGAGUUUGCAAUAUCGAGAGCGACUUCUUGAUCCAGUGAUAAAAGUCAUCUCACUGGUUGCAUAUACUGUAUUAAAGAAUUCUGUAAUCCUCGCAAUAUUUACUCGUUGCGUCAAGUAUCGAGUGUUCAUAAAAUUAUCAUAUAAUUUUUAUCAUGAUGAGUUCUGUAAAAAUUAGGAUAAAAUGAACAGCAGAGAGAGAGAGAGAGAGAGAAAAAUUAUAUAUAAAAUAUUAAGAAUUUCUUUAUUCAUAUAUCUACAAGUAUAUAAUAUAUCGGUCGGUUGUAUUGAGCGAAUUUGGCAAUGGAAGACAAAGAUAUAAAAAAAAUUUAAUUUUACGCAAAGUGGUUACGCACGUGAAUUCAUAAAAUAAAAACUUAUUAAUAAAAA